AUGGCCAAUCGGGACAGUGGCAGCUUCUCGCUUACGAUUGUUGGUUCAGGGGUUUCCACCGGUGUGCCUGUGAUUGGGCACCGCUCCGGCGACUGCGCGUGUGUUGCGGCAUUGCAAAAUUCGGAAGGACCAAACAGACGCAAUAACGUUAGCCUUCUCAUCACCGUCCCAUCACCUCUUGGCGACUGUAGUGGCACUCAGGGUGUAAAACACAUUCUUAUUGAUUGUGGCAAGACUUUUCGUGACGCAUACUUUCGCGUGCUUGCCAAGCAUCAUGUGCAGACCGUCGAUGCCCUGCUCCUCACGCACGAUCACGCAGACGCCAUGGGUGGCCUGGAUGACAUUCGCGACCUGCAGCGUUCGCGGAAGGAAGGCCACGAUGAUUGGUCUAUUGAGCAGUAUGUUCCAACGUAUGCCUCGGAAAGGACAAUAAAUGCGCUGCGCAAUCAAUUUGGAUACAUACUCCGCAACAGUCGUGAGAUUGGGCCUGCACCACGGACCGCAGAGGAGCAUGACGUUCUCAUGCAGCGUGUUACUGAAGAGCGCAAACGGGCGGGUCUAACGAACAACAUUGGGGUGCGCCGCUCCGCCGCCCUAGAUUUGUUUACGCUGCCGGAUAACGCGCCGACGUCAUUUUACAUCCCUGCGCUUGGUGCUGACUUCCCGAUAUAUGCCGUACCAGUGGAGCACGGUGCAGGUUACAUAGCGCUUGGUUUUGUCUUUGGCCGCGGCGUCGCGUUUCGUAGCGCUGGUGCCACUAACGCCAGUGUCGCAAAUCACAGCUGUGUCGUUUACCUCUCCGAUGUGAGUGCGGUGCCCAUGCCUGCAAUGACGUUUCUGCAAGAUCUUGUCAAGAUAGACGUGCUUAUUGUUGAUCUGUUGUAUGGCCCUGGUAAGCGGCACGCAACCCAUUACUGCAUGGACGAUGUGAUACGCCUUGUCGCGUCUCUCCAACCGACUCGCACAUAUACGAUUGGUAUGUACUGCGAUGUGGAGCAUGAGCGAGGUAAUGAACAGCUACGAGAACGACUGGUGGAUCUGCGGCGCAGCGGCAAAUGUAGCGACCUUGUUCUAUCUGUGGAGCUGGGCUUUGAUGGGCUUCAUAUUUCCCUAGCGCUGUGA